AUGGGUUAUGAGUGGCGCGCUUGGGUCCAUGUCUCGGGCAGCUUGGACGAGCGGGAGAUCCCGUUUGAGAUACGGAAGCACGUCGAGAAGCUAGCGAGGGACGUGAAAGACAUGGAUAUGGAGGAGAUAAUGACGAUGGUGCAACAAAAAUUGACCAAGAAGAACAGAUUCCUCAUAGUGUUGGAUGACGUGCAGCCAUCUGACGAGCAACUCGUGCGAGUGUUAGCGAUUAGCGUCCCAAUCUUCUCAAAGGGCCACAUAAUUACCACAACUCAGGACAGUAAGAUAGCCAAGUUGACGGAUACAUCCGAGGCAGAGCCGAUUAGGCUACAAAAUUUGGGCAAUGAAGAAAGCCAGAGGAUGCUCGCUUGGAAGUUGCAUGGAGUACCGGAAGGUCAGAGACUCUCAAAAGAGGAGAAGGAUAUCCUAAACGAGUGUUGUGGCUUGGCGUUCCAUAUAUCCUUACUCGGCGGGUUUCUGUCGAAUGCAGGAGAGCGCGAGCGCACAGCGUUGGCGGAAGAGGGUUUCAAGUUAGAUAUACUACAGUUGAGUUGCCAUAAAUUGCCGAUCCAUCUAAAACCGUGCUUCAUCUACAUGGAUUUUUUCCCCGUAACAAUCCCCAUCCCAACAAGAAGGUUAGUGAGGCGGUGGUUGGCCGAGGGCUUAUUGGAUUCACAUUGUUACGACGGAGAAAGCGAAAUGAAAAGGCAGCCUGAGGACGUGGGAGAGACGUUUAUUCUGGAGCUCGCGAAUAGGAACGUGAUCGAUGUAGUGAGCUGGAGGGUGGAUGGAUCCCCCAAAGCUUGCCAAAUGAUCACCUCCCUUUAUGACAUGAUCCGCCCAAUUGCAAUGAGCAUGAGGUUCCUACACAUACAUGGCACUAGCAAGUUGAAAGACAAGAACAACCGCGACCCAACUAGCCAGCAACAACAGCUGCUGGCCCAACCGCGAGAAAGAAGCAAGAUUCGGUGGCUUGCGGAGCACACGAACAUAGUCAGAGACGGCUGGGUGCUCCACAAGCUGGUGCUCCUAAGGUACAUAGGAUUGAGAUCCACGGUGUUGGACUCGAUCCCAAGUGCCGUUGCAGAUCUGUACCAUCUCGAGACUCUCGACAUAAAGCACACCAACGUCACUUCCCUGCCGAGUUCCUUGUGGAAGGCGAGGAACUUGAGGCACCUGCAUCUCAACUGGUUCUAUGUCGACUUGAAGAACAUCCUCAAGGCUUGUAGCAACAAUGUCAAUGCCUUAACUCCAAACCUUGAGCGGGCUGGUUAUUGGCGAAGAUAA